AUGACUGCUGUCCUCCUCCUCCUCCUCCUCCUCCUCCUCUUUUCCCUCUAUUUCUUUUCUGCUUCCAUUUGUUAGGUAACCGUCUGUCAGCUCACACUCGCUCACACUCUCCUGAUGUCGCACACGCUCGCUGCACCGCAGUGAGACAGCAUUUAUUCCAGAGAGAGAGAGAGAGAGAGAGAGAGAGAGAUGCAUGGAUGUGAUGGACUGAGACCGAGGAUGAUGGCUCACUGAGCGAGAGUAACGGAGGGAGGCGUCUGAAGAGAUGAUGUCAAAGCCGACAGGCAAUCGGGGCUAAAACGACCCUCGUCGACUUCUCUGCGCGCACACACACACACACACACACACACAAACGCAGCGGUCGACCCUCAAACGCACGCUGUUGUCUCCUACUCGCCUGCAGCGGAGAAUCGUGGGGUUUUUUCGGGUUUCGGUCUGCCUGCCGGAGUGGACGACGCCUGUUGAUCGGCGCACGGAUGUAGAACUGGUGCCGGGGAAGCGCGGGAGGGACUCCCAUGUCAGAGUUUCAGGAUGGCCACUGAAGGCUCCACUAUUCCCAGCCCCGUGGUGCGACAGAUUGACAAGCAGUUCUUGAUCUGCAGCAUAUGUCUGGACCGCUACGAGAACCCCAAAGUGCUGCCCUGCCUGCACACCUUCUGUGAGAGGUGCCUGCAGAAUUACAUCCCUCCCCACAGCCUCACACUGUCCUGCCCCGUGUGCCGCCAGACCUCCAUCCUGCCGGAGAAAGGCGUGGCGGCGUUGCAGAAUAACUUCUUCAUCACCAACCUGAUGGACGUGCUGCAGCGGGCGCCGGGCAGCCGCAGCCAGGAGGCCGCCGCCCUCAGCGACGUCGCCACCGUGGCUACGGUCCGACUGCUGUCCUGCCCCAACCACGCAGGCAACCUGAUGGAAUUUUACUGCCCGCCCUGUGAGACGGCCAUGUGUCAGGAGUGUACGAGUGGGGAGCACGGAGAACACCCAACCGUGCCUCUUAAAGACGUCGUGGAACAGCACAAGGCCUCGCUGCAGGACCACCUGGACGCUGUCAAGAAGAGGUUGCCCGAGAUCAGCUCAGCCCUGCAGACGCUGUCGGAGAUCCUGCAGCAGCUGACCAAUCAGAAGAGCUCCAUCGAGGACGGCAUCCACGCCACCUUUGACGAGCUGCAGAAGACCCUGAAUGUCCGCAAGAGCGUUUUGCUGAUGGAGCUGGAGGUCAACUACGGCCUCAAGCAGAAGGUGCUCCAGGCCCAGCUGGAUACGCUGCUGCAGGGCCAGGAGGGCAUCACCAGCAGCUGUGACUUCACAGAGCAGGCCCUGAGCCACGGCACCGAGGCCGAGGUGCUGCUGGUGAAGAAGCAGAUGAGCGAGCGUCUCGCCGAGCUGGCGGGCCAGGAGCUUCCCCUGCGGCCGGGAGAGAACGACCAGCUGGACUUCGCGGUGGAGACGGAGGGGCUGAAGAAGUCCAUCCACAACCUGGGCACCAUCCUAACGACCAACGCAGUGGCCUCCGAGACCGUGGCGACGGGCGAGGGCUUGCGGCACUGCGUGGUGGGCGUCCCCACCUCCAUCACCAUCACCACCAAGGACAAAGACGGAGAGCUGUGUAAAAUGGGCAACGCGGUCAUCGCCGCCGAAAUGUCCUCCCCCGAUGGGAGCAAAGGGGAAGGGGAGAUACUGGACAACAAGAACGGCACUUAUGAGUACUUGUUCACAGCUCCCAAAGAGGGGACUUUUAACUUAUCGCUGCGUUUGUAUGACCAACACAUCAAAGGGAGCCCCUUUAAGAUAAAGGCCACCAAAUCCAUCGAUGUGUCGCAAACUUCAGAAGGCGUCAAGAAGAGGCUGAAGUCUCCGGGCAGUGGACACAUCAAGCAGAAAGCCAUCAAGAGGCCGGCCAGCAUGUACAGCACGGGGAGGAGGAAAGAGAACCCCAUCGAAGACGACCUCAUCUUCAGAAUCGGCACGAAGGGAAGAAACAAAGGGGAGUUCACUAACCUGCAGGGAGUGGCUGCCUCUUCUCUGGGAAAGGUGCUGAUAGCAGACAGCAACAACCAGUGUGUUCAGAUUUUCUCCAAUGACGGCCAUUUCAAAAGUCGCUUUGGCGUGCGCGGCAGGACGCCGGGUCAACUGCAGCGGCCCACCGGCGUGGCCAUCCACCCAAACGGUGACAUCAUCAUUGCCGACUACGACAACAAAUGGGUCAGCAUCUUCUCGAGCGAAGGCAAGUUCAAGAACAAGGUCGGCUCGGGGAAGCUGAUGGGCCCUAAGGGCGUGUCGGUGGACAGGAACGGACACGUCAUCGUGGUGGACAACAAGGCCUGCUGCGUCUUCAUCUUCCAGCUCAACGGCAAGCUGGUCACCAAGUUCGGUAACCGAGGCAACGGCGACAGGCAGUUUGCAGGUACACUCAAUGGUCCUCACUUUGCUGCUGUCAACAACAACAAUGAGAUAAUUGUGACGGAUUUCCACAACCACUCAGUCAAGGUGUUCAACACAGAAGGCGAAUUCUUGCUGAAGUUUGGUUCAAACGGCGAGGGCAACGGCCAGUUCAACGCCCCCACGGGGGUGGCGGUGGAUGUCAACGGAAACAUCAUCGUAGCUGACUGGGGCAACAGCAGGAUACAGGUGUUUGAUGGCAGCGGUUCGUUCCUCUCUUACAUCAACACGUCAGCCGACCCGCUGUACGGCCCUCAGGGUCUGGCUCUCACCUCCGACGGACACGUCGUGGUCGCCGAUUCCGGCAACCACUGCUUCAAAGUCUACCGCUACUUGCAGUAGCCCCUCUCUGUCGGCACGCACACUGUACGCUGUACAGACACACAAACGCACACACGCACACUCACACGCAUGCUGGCACUCGUAAGGAUGGCGGAUCACCCGUUUCACCGCUGGAUCGUGCGGUCGUGAGAGGAACGGUCAUAUUCACAGAUGGGUAACUAGGGGGGGGGGGGGGGGGGGGUCAUUCACAACCUCGCUCACAUUCCAUUUGAAUUCCACACAUUUAGAAAAAUAAAGCUUUAGUGUUGUACAUAUGUUAGACCUUUUUAGUUGCUGUGAUGUGGCAGGAAAACUGUAAAAAAAAAAAAGUGAUUGCUCUUGUUCCUCAAAACACUGAUCGUACACUGUUAAGUGAGUUAAAUUAAAGUAAAGUCAUAUCUAAGUCACCUUAAAAUUAAGGGGUAAUCUAGUUCCAGUGACGGCAGCUUCCUGUUACAUGCUCUUAAAGGUCCUCACAUUUAAUAGACACACUGUAGGUAGCAGAGCAUUGUAGAGCAUGAUUAGGCUUCUCUGUGCAUGUUGUCUUUACUAAUAAGUGCCAGAAAAGCUGAUGUGCACAAUAUAAGAGAAUGGUUUUAAACUGACAAACACUAUAUGAAGGGAAGAACUGUUUCAAAUACAAUACUUCUAUUUAUUAUGUGAAAAUAAUUCAUCGAUGUGAUUCAAAAUACAUUUAAUUGAAUAAACGUGGUUAUUAAAGUAAGCUGAUAACUUUAUUUUUCUAAAACCACACAAUGUGUUUGUUUGUGCAAGACAAGUGGGAUUGUUUUUGUCAUCAAUUAAGGUACAAAACGAAAGCCACUAGACGUAUGUUGAUUUAAAAGUCGGGUGUGGUUCUGUGCAAACAUCUCAACGGCAGAAAUACUGAAAAUAUGAUCAGUGAAAUGGUGUAUUCAUCAUGCUGCAAUUCAGGUUUAAUCCAUUAUCAGAGAGCUGUGAUCACACUCACCCCUUUCCUACUAAUCAGAAUGUAUUGAUCAGUCCUCAAAAAAACACAAUAUAUAGUUCAACUGUGUGUUGUAAAAAGGGCAGUGUGCUCCUGUUGGAAAGCCUUAGUCAAACUGUGCUCAUCAUUGCGUAUGAAAUUGGUCAUCCAUUUUCUACACAAUCUUGUUAAAUGUUUUUUUUUGCCAUUGUCCUGUUUAUAUUUGUAAUGCCAAAUGGAAUUAAAGUGCCCACAGGAAUGAA